AAAUAAUUGCUGGAGUGAUGAAGGAGGAAGUUUGUUUACGCUUGAUGGAGGUAAUAUUACCCUGGUUCACUCAGGCACUUGAUCCAUGGACUUGGAGCUACACUUGGCUUCCUCAGAUCAACCCUCAUAACCACCUACUUCCCAGCAUACUAGUAUAUCUAGUAUAAAUGCAAGACAUGAAGACUAAGAGCCAAUGGACAAAGUUUGGGUGUAGCCCAAGCUGUGGAGGAAGAGAAGCUUGAAGUGACAGCUACAGUAUCAUGUGGUAAUCACAAGUCCAGAAUAUCUUGCUGCUAAUUUUGUCAAGGCUGGGAAGCAAAGCAAGCACAGUACUAGGGGGAGAGAGCACAACUUUGUAGUAGCCACAGUCAGUGGCCAGGCUUCAAACACCUUUUUAUUGUACAGCAAUAAAGGAAUGGAACAGACUGCCUGUACAGGUCAAAGUCAGUCAUAGCAUGAACCAGUUCAAGAAGAGAGCCAAAAGAACAAGAUGGCAUAUUGCAGAAAGGAAAUUGGUAUAUCAAAUGUGGUGAUCCAGUGUGGCAGCCUUGCAUCAAUCCUGGAGGACUGCCUUGGGCCUUAUGGAAGAGCUGUGUUGAUGGAGAGGGCAGGCAGUGUUGUUAUUACACAAGAUGGAAUGGAACUCCUGUCAAUAUUAGAUGUUUGUGAUCCUGUAGUAAAUAUGGUCAUACGUGGGAUUUUAGAUCAAACUAAAAUUUUAGGUGAUGGUUGCAAAGUAAGUUUUUUGUUAUUGAGACGUCUUUUACAUUCUCUAGAUAGUCAUGUUGCAACACCUCAUUUUGUAUCUCAGGCCACAAGAAGGCAAAAGAUGGUACAAAUUACCCAGCAGCUAAGAAACUAUGUUAAAAGUAGUAUCAUAAUGGAUGUGAUAAAAUAUGGUACUCAGUUAUACCCACUUCACAAUUUUGAAGCCCUUGUGGAUAUAUUGCAAAGGGCUUCUGAGAAUUUCUUCCAAACAAAGUUUUCCAAACUUGUAGUUAAAAGCCUUUCCCAGUUGUUGGCAACAUAUUUGUUUUGUCAGUGCAGUAGUAGCAGAGAACUUAUAAAUUUAUUGCAUGACCUAACAACAAAUGCCCAUAUUGCAAUUGUUGAAGUGUACAAAAUGCCUUUAUUUAAAUCGCAUGUGAUAUCUGGUUUUGUACUUACGAGAAAUUUCAGGUACCUGCACCAGGAUAUGAAAUUUGAGAAUGUUUCCUCUGUUUUAUGGUCAAUUAAUCUGGAAGAAGAAAAGGAGAAUGGAAUUUGUACAUCUGUCAUUGAAACUGAUUGUGACCAAACACUAAUUGAGAGCAUUUUUAUACAAAAAAAUCUUCUCGAUUCUUGUUUUGCUACUUUGAAAUCAUUUGGUGUUAGUGUUAUUUUGUCUUCUACUUUCUUUCCAGACUGGGCUGUAUCUCAGUGCUGUAAAUAUGGUUUUUCAUUAAUAGAUAUGAUUGAAAAUGAAGAAUGGCACUUCUUAAUAAAGAAAUUUAAUAUUACACCCCUAUUUAAUGAAGGGGAUAUACAUAUGAGAUUUGUUAAACCUUUAGAGAAAAUUGAACCUGUAGUGGUAGGCACAUCUCAUUUUGUAAGACUGCAUGGACUUGAUGUUCACCAAAUUCUACUAUGUGGUCCUACUCCUUCUCAAUGUAAACAGUUUUCCAUAGCCUACUCUAAGGUUUUCAGGUAUUUCAACUCUUGGGUGACAGAUUGCUUAAAUUUUGGUCAGAAUAUUUAUUUAAAUACCAGCAGUGAAAAUGUUAAGAACAUGAAUGUAACAGACUAUAGUUACGAAUCUUGUUUGUGUACAUCACCUGUAACCCCAGGCCAUAAUUUUGGUCACGGGCUUUAUAAAGAUGCUAUUGAAAGGGAUGUUUGUACAAAUAUAGACUCGGUUAUCCGUCCACAAAGCCCAUCGCCUGUGUUGUACUCAGUACCUCACGGUGGUUAUGUAGAGCUCUUAGCUAAAUAUUUAGUAAAGGAAAAUAUCUCAGGAAACAUUGAUAAUGUAUGUCGUUUGAUAAUUAUUGAGGUUUUAAAUGAAAUACCAUGGUUGCUGUACAAAAAGUUAAAAUGUUCCCCAAAGAAUUACUUAGAAUUUGAAACUAGAUUGUAUAGUAACUUUAAAAAACUGAGAACUGAUAACCAAAAAUUUCCUUUGCCUAGCAUAAUGGAAGAAAAUAAGUUUAUGGGAUAUCAGAAUCCUUUUACAUUCUUCAAAAUUUUAGAGUGUGUGUUUUAUUUUGCAGAAUACAUUUUGAGAAUUGAAUGUAUUGUUCCUGCAAAAAGUAGAAUUUCAAAUUUUGUUAGAAAAUGUGAGAAAGAAGACAGUGAUGAUGAAUGAAAUUUGUUUCUAUAAACUGUCAUUCAAUUUAAAAUGUCAACUGUACACAUUAGCUAUGUAUUUUUAUUCUGCCUUGAUCUACUUAUGGCCCUUGUAAGAAUGAACAAUACUUAAAUUUU